AUGCGCGUCUCCUCCACCAUCCUCGCCGCUGCAGGCCUCUUGACCUCGGCCAACGCUGCCAUCAAGGGUUUCAACUAUGGCGCCAACUUCAACAACAACCAGGCCAAGGUGCAGGCCGACUUUGAAUAUGAAUUCAACGCCGCCAAGCAGCUUCCUGGCACCAAUGGAUGGACCAGCGCCCGUCUGUACACCAUGAUCCAGCACGGCACCCAGACCGACGUCAUUGAAGCCAUCCAGGCUGCUAUCAACACCAAGACCGGUCUCCUCCUUGGCAUGUGGGCCUCCGCCGGUCAGGCCAACUUCAACAACGAGAUUACUGCUCUCAAGGCCGCCAUUGCUCGUUACGGCACUGCCUUCACUGACCUCGUUGAGGGUAUCUCCGUUGGCAGUGAGGAUCUCUACCGUGUCACCCCCACUGGUAUCGAGAACAAGUCCGGCGCCGGUGCUCAGCCCCAGGAGCUCGUCAACUACAUCAAGCAGACCCGUGAUGCUAUCCGCGGUACUGCUCUCCAGGGCAAGCCCAUCGGUCACGUCGACACCUGGACUGUCUACGUCAACGCUACCAACAACCCCGUCAUUGAGGCCGUUGACUUCAUCGGCAUGGACGCCUACCCCUACUUCCAGACCACCAUGAACAACAACGUCGGUUCGGGCAGCCAGCUCUUCUUCGACGCCUACCACCAGACUGUUGCCGCUGCCAAGGGCAAGCCCGUCUGGGUUACCGAGACCGGAUGGCCCGUUAGCGGCGAGACACUCAACCAGGGUAAGCCCAGUGCGGAUAAUGCCCGCAUCUACUGGGAGGACGUUACCUGCCAGCUCGUCAAGGACAACGUCAACCUGUGGUACUACAUCCUCCAGGAUGUCCAGUACGGCAACCCCGUCCCCUCGUUCGGCAUCAAGCCUGCGGGUGACCUGAUGCAGGUGAAGCCUCUGUUCGACCUUUCUUGCCCUGCUGGUUCCGCACCCAGCAACCCGUCCAAGAAGGUCUCUACCGAUGGUACUUGCGGUUCCCAGGGAGGUGCUACCUGCGCUGGCUCGCCAUUCGGUAACUGCUGCUCGCAGUACGGAUGGUGCGGAAACACUGCCGGACACUGCGGUACCGGUUGCCAGAGCGGAUCGGGCACUUGCACUAAGCUCAUCCCCAUUGAUAAGGCCGACCCUACCAAGGUGAUCGGCAACGGAUACACUGCCCAGCUAUCACCUACCAUAUCAACCGUCUUCGUUUACGACAUCCGUCCUGAGUUCGCCGGCAAGACUUGCACUUUGGCUCUACACAUGCCCCCGCCCUUUCCCCUACCCGAAACAGCACCCGUUCAAAUUCGCACUCCGGGCGGUAUCAGUGUAUCCCGCCUCGCCAACCAAGUCCCCGAUACUGUGUCUAUGCAGAGUGUCGGUAACUCUAGUCUCGUCGGUGUUGCACAACUCAUCGAGCCUGCACGUCAAUACAACGUCGCUAGUUUUCCCUGUGAAGCUGGUCAACGGGUUAGUUACCAGGUGGAUUCGAUCAAUGGGCUCGACAUGAAUUGGUUCCAGAUGACGUAUCCUGCUCUCGGGCUGUUUAUGCUGAUUAGCUGA